GUUCUUCCUAAGGGGCAGGGCAACUUCUGCAGUCUUUUACAGAAAGGUGACUGAGGCUCUUCACCUUUUCAUCUGGAGAUAAGAGAGCUGGAGAGCUUCAGCAUGGCGGCUCCUCUGCUGCUCCUCUGCUGGGUUUGUACUCUGAGAACCUCUCUCUCGUUCUUGAUGUUUCAGUCCCCCGACUUCAUCAGUGCCUCCAUCGGCGAGUCUUUUCAUCUAAAAUGCACUCGUGAUCUGCCGAUGGAGUAUUGUUACAACUCAAUAUCCUGGUAUAAAGUGAACCUGAGAAAUGGAAAACUGGGUGAAGUCCGUCUACAAAUUUUAGACCAGCUAGAAGAUGAUAAAAGAACAUGUACCAAGACAAUCAAUAAUGCCCAAGUUCAAGACUCAGGCCUUUACUACUGCACAUCUGCACAUGAUAAAAUGCUUUUUAUUGGAAAUGGAACCAGAGUCGUCGUGACAGACACAGGUCCGUUAAAUCUGUCUGUGGUUGUGUACACCCCGGUGGUGGAGGAGGUGGAGGAGGACGAUCCCUCUGUUCUCCUGCAGUGUGUGGUGAUGGACACUGUUCCCUCUCAGGUCAGAGUUUGGUGGUUGGUCGAUGAUGAAGAGCGGACAGGAUGGACAGAAUCAGGCUGGACAGGAUACGACAAUUCAGCCUCAGAAUACACUCGAGCUCAGAUCAGGAUUACUGCAGAGGAAUGGAGCGAAGCGACCAUCGAGUGUGUCGUGAAUUAUAAAAACCAGACCGUGUCCCGAACUGUGCCACGACCAACAGGUCAUUCGGAUUUGUGCAUGUGGAUGCUGUUUGGAGGCUGCGGUGUCGUCGUCUUCACCAUCGCCGUGCUGAUCACCGUGGUUCUGUGUUUACGUAAAGAAAAACAAAACACACACACGAUGAUUACAGAGAAAGAUUCUACCAUAACGGAAGUUGAAUAUUCCUGAAUAUUGAAUAUUCCUGUUGGAACCCUGACAGCGUUAAUCAGCUACUAGCGAUAGUUAGCCAAAACAAAGCAAUAAAUAAGAAUCUGAAUACUAUUUAAAAGCCAUUUUGGUCAUUCAUAUUAAAUUAUAGCUGUAA